ACAUCAAUUUGUCAGAAUUGUCAGCACAAUACCGCUGGUCACCACUGUGAGAGAUGUGCGCUGGGAUUUUAUGGCAUUGUCCAAGGCUCUCCAGAUGACUGUCAGCCUUGUGCUUGUCCCCUGUCCGUUUCUAGCAACAAUUUUAGCCCUUCUUGUGUUGCGGAAGGACAUGGUGAUUACCGGUGUACUGCAUGCCCACCUGGAUAUGAAGGCCAGUACUGUGAAAGAUGUUCCUCUGGCUACAUGGGAAAUCCACAGACUCCAGGAGGCUCCUGCCAGGAAUGUGAGUGUGAUCCAUACGGUUCCCUGCCUGUCCCUUGUGACCCUGUCACUGGACAAUGCACUUGCAGGCCUGGAUUCACAGGGUGGAAGUGUGCUGGCUGUGAACAUCGGCAUGCGCGUGAUGGCAUGAAAUGCAUUUCUUGUGAUGAUGAAUGCACAGGACUCCUUCUCAGUGAUCUGGAUAGGCUAAACCAGAUGAUACUGAGUGUUAACCUUAGUGGUCCACUUCCUGCUCCAUAUAAAGCGUUGCAUGGUUUUGAGAACAUGACACAAGAAUUAAAGCAUUUGCUUUCACCUCAACGAGCACCAGAGAGACUACUUCAGCUAGCGCAAGAAAAUCUGGAUACCCUGGUGACAGAAAUGGACGAGCUACUGACAAGAGCUACCAAGGUGACAGCAGAUGGUGAACAAACCAGGCAGGAUGCUGAGAGGACUAAUGACAGAGCGAAAUCUCUCGGACAAUUCAUCAAAAGCAUUCUUCAAGCUGCUGAAGUUAUUUGAAGAAAAGCUAUUACGAUGAAGUAACUAACUGGGCUUAGCUUUUGUUUAUUUUAAAAGCAGUUAAAAACGUGU